AUGCUCAGAGCAGAACAGUUACAACACUUAGGGCCAGGCAAGAUAUCUACGCCGCAAGACUUUCUUAAAGCCAUCGGUCGUUCUUCAGAGACCAAAAUAUCCAUAGAUAGCUGGGACGCGUUCUGGCGCACCUCAGGAUGGGAUAUGAAGAAUGCCGGGCUGAGCAUCCAAGAUCGGAGGUAUAUUCUUUGGUGCAUGGAAAAGUUUAGGCAGAACAAGCCGAUAGAAGGGUUUGCCCACGAGGAGAGACCCAAGAAGAAAAUACGGGGUCGAGGUCCCGCUGUUCAAUUCGGAAAGCGCAUUCGCUCGCGGAGAGAUCGGUAG